AUGAUAGGAAAUUCCCUUCGGAUGAUUGAUUUCAACAACAACAAUCUGCUUGGUGAGUUGCCAAGGGCAUUGGUAAACAGCAGAAGUCUAGAAUUCUUUGAUGUUAGCUACAAUAAUAUCAAUGAUUCAUUUCCUUUUUGGCUGGGAGAUUUACCUGAGUUGAAGGUAUUGUCUUUAAGUAACAAUGAAUUCCAUGGAGACAUUAGGUGCUCUGGCAAUAUGACAUGCACAUUUUCCAAGCUUCACAUCAUUGACCUUUCUCACAAUCAGUUCUCUGGAAGUUUUCCAACAGAAAUGAUCCAUAGUUUGAAAGCAAUGAAUACUUCCAACGCAAGUCAAUUACAGUACGAGUCUUACUUGAUGUGGAACAAUGUAGGACAAUAUCUUAUCUCAACAGAUGUGUUUUAUUCAUUCACAAUGUCAAACAAAGGAUUGGCCAGGGUUUAUGAAAAGCUUCAAAAAUUUUACAGUUUAAUAGCCAUUGAUAUUUCAAGCAAUAAAAUCAGUGGAGAAAUACCACAAGUCAUAGGUGAGUUGAAGGGUCUUGUUUUGCUCAACUUGUCGAAUAACAAUCUUAUUGGCAGCAUUCCAUCUUCAAUUGCGAAGCUUUCAAACCUUGAAGCACUAGAUCUUUCUCUCAACAGUCUUUCAGGGAAAAUACCCCAACAGUUGGCACAAAUCACCUUUUUGGAAUACUUAAAUGUGUCUUUUAACAAUCUCACAGGUCCUAUACCAGAACAUAAUCAGUUUUCUACAUUCAAAGGUGAUUCAUUUGAGGGUAACCAAGGUUUGUGUGGGGAUCAGUUAUUGAAGAAAUGUAUAGAUCAUGCAGGGCCUUCUACUUCUGAUGAUGAUGAUGAUGACGACAACUCAGAAUCUUUCGUUGAAUUAUACUGGACAGUAGUUCUGAUUGGAUAUAGCGGCGGCCUUGUUGCUGGAGUUGCAUUGGGAAGCACUUACUUUCCACAGGUAUUUGCAUGGUGUAGAGAUUGCCUUAGCGUUUCAGUUAUAAUUUUGCUUAAUAAGAUUUUUGAGAGGCAUUAA